UGGGUGUCAGUCUAUCCCGGUCAUUGGCUCUGUAACGAACACAUUUCAUAAUAUAUGACUGUAUGACAGUUCACAACGCGGUGAUGAGAUGAACUGCGUCGACGGGAUGUGCCUCGCCUCGCCUGGGCUCUGAUGCUCAUCGCCCUCAGCUGUCAGUGCUGCAGCUUUUCAUUUAUGGAUAUGACAGUAGAAGACACCGUCCUCCUCAAGGGAAGCCAUUGAGAGGGGGGGGAGAAGGUGGCAUAACAACAGUGUCAUACAUAUCACCUCGGCAGCUUCAUCCUAAGGCUGCAAGAUGCACCACCAUAAUACCUGUCAACAACACAAUGGAGCCCACUGCUUACUCCCGAGUUGUGCGGGUGGAAGAGAGCCGGCCCGCAUUGUUACCCCGGCUGCAAAAUACUUUACUUCACGUCAAAAUGUGUCAUGUCAGUGCAGAUGCUCCUCACUUUACACCCCAUUCUUCUCGACAAGGCGAUGGCCAGGAAGCCGCGUGGACGGGACGCGGAGCAGAUCCCUCACAAAGUAUGGGCAGCGGUACUUCACGCCGGACACCUGUGAUGGGAGUACAUCUGGAGUGAAAGUCCAGUGGCGGAGUGUGGAAUACUCCUACUGUGAGAGCGGUUCAUCCCCCAGGUGCUGAGCAAAAAGAACUUUUUUUUUUCCCCAUCAUGAACACAGACAAGCACCCUGGAUUCGCCUCCCCUGAUAAAGACGGGAUGGACGUUUGCAGCGACGUCGCAGAUGUGAAGUCGCAGGAGGAGGAAGAGGAGAGGGAGGAUUGCUCAUUCAGUGAGAACGGGAUGCAGUUUUCUGAAGGUGGGAUGGAUCCAUAUGCGAUAAAGACCGAGGCAGAGGAAAUGGAAGAUAGUGAGCAGUAUCUCAAGUCUGAAAAAGAGAGAGAGAUUGUGCCAAAAGAGGAAGCAGAGGGGGCGAGCGAGGAUGGGAUGGAGGACGGAUUUGACGGGGAGAGGACAGAGGAGGAAGACGAUGAGGAGAGGGAUGGAGAGGGGGAUGAGGAUGGAGAUGCCCUGAAUGAGCCGCAGGACCUGUCGCUGGUGGACUACUCAAGUUACGACAGUGCGGCGCUGCAAGACGCCCACGCAGAGGCUGAGGACGGGACCUGUGGGCCUGGAGCCAUGGGGCCCCGCGUUCAGGCAACAGGCAAGCUCAACUGUGACAUCUGUGGCCUGUCCUGCGUCAGCAUCAACGUACUGCUGGUGCACAAGCGCAGCCACACGGGCGAGAGGCCCUUCCACUGCUCUCAGUGCGGGGCCUCCUUCACCCAGAAGGGAAACCUGCUCCGCCACAUCAAACUGCACUCUGGGGAGAAGCCUUUCAAAUGCCCCAUGUGCAGCUACGCCUGCCGUCGGCGUGACGCUCUGAGCGGGCACCUGCGCACCCAUUCUGUGGAGAAGCCCUUCAAGUGCAACCACUGCAGUCGCAGCUACAAGCAGCGCAGCUCCCUCGAAGAGCACAGGGAGAGGUGCCAUGUGUACAUUCAGAGCAAAGGUCCAGCUGAGAGAGAGGACAGCCACACAUCCAGGACUCAGAUGGGCACUGAGCGCGCGCUGCUGCUCGACAGGCUCGCCAGCAACGUAGCCAAGCGGAAGAGUUCAAUGCCACAAAAGUUCACCGGCGACAACGGCGUCUGCCUGGACCUGAGCUUUAAUAGGGAGCUGGUCCACCGAACUGAAGUCAAGGAUCGGCCGCCAGGCUCUCCGGGGUCAGAGGGCCACCAUCAGCAACAACCAAUCCUCAUAGGCCGAGAGAGCGACGCAGCUCCCUCCCGCAGGCCCUACCCCAUCCCAAUGAGUCGCAGCGACAUCAACCCUAUGGGCCUCACCAACGGCCACAAGAUGAGCAUGUCGCUCCUGGGCCUCCCACACGCCGGCCAGCCACCCCUCAGCAUGGACUCAUUCCACCCCGACAGCUCCCAGAUGUCCCAGCCCGUCAUGUACAGCCUAAGCCACCUGCUGGGGGGGCUGAGCCACCAGAACGGCGCCCCACAUCCGCACGCCCAGUCCAUCCCACUGUCGCCGCUGGAGGCUCUGCGAGUGGCGCGGGCUGACGGGGAGGCCGGAACGGUGCCCGGGGCAGUUUACCCUUGCAGCCACUGUCGAGUGAUUUUCCUGGACUAUGUCAUGUUCACCAUCCACAUGGGGUGCCACGGCUUCCGUGACCCGCUCGAGUGCAACGUGUGCGGCCACCGCAGCCGGGACCGUUACGAGUUCUCCUCACACAUAGCCCGCGGCGAGCACCGCCUAGAAUUGAAGUAGCUCUCAUUCAUGCUGAAGUUCAUGCUUACACACACACUCAGACAGAUAACACUGUAUGAGCACACGCACGCACACACACACACACACACACACACACACACACAUAUUUACUCAUAUAAGUAGCUGAUAGUAUCAGAAAUGAAAGCAUGAAGUAGCAGCUAUUAGUCUCUGUGUGUGUGUGUGUGUGUGUGUGUGUGUGUGUGUGUCUGUGUGUGUGAGAGAGAGUGAGGGAGCGCUGAAGAGAGACGUUAUAGGAGUAUGACAGAUGUUGGGGUGUUCUUAGUCAUAUUGUACUCAUCUGUGAAAGAUGGCCUGUAAAGUGUUGAUGAAGGAGUAAUUCUAACUCGUACAUUUGUACCUAAUGAUCCCUGCUGAAUAAACUGUUUAUAUUUCAUAGCAACAUGCCAUAUUCCUGUCAGUGCUCAACAAAGUAGCACGAAUGAGUGCAUUUAUUUUGUACCUGCUGUGGUUGGUUUCCCUGUGAUCUGUGUAAAGGUGUAAAAAAAAAUAAAAGAGAGCCUCUUUCGUCCUUCAUCGCACGA